AUAAAAAUUAAAAAUACUGAACAAAGGAAAAACGAGAAAAAAAAAGAGAGAAAGUAUUUCAAUGGCGAGCGGUGGCGCUAGUGGCGGCGGAGGUGGCGGAAGGGUGUCGUUCAAAGUCAUUCUUACUUCUGAUCCCAAACUUCCUUUCAAAGUAUUCAGCGUACCGGAGGCAGCUCCAUUCACCGCCGUUCUGAAAUUUGCUGCCGAAGAAUUCAAAGUGCCUCCCCAAACUAGUGCGAUCAUCACCAAUGAUGGAGUUGGAAUUAAUCCUCAACAGAGUGCAGGAAAUGUGUUUCUUAAACACGGGUCCGAACUGCGCCUGAUUCCUCGCGACAGGGUUGGUGCUUCUGUGUCGGCUUAAAUUCUCGUCAAAGAUCUUUCUCCCGUCUAAUUAUUUUACUCCCGUAUGAACACAAUUCUCUCGAAUGACUAUUUGAGGUUCGAUUUUCCUUUUUUCUUUUUUCCGACUAGUAAACUCAAAAGAUAUGGUUGUAGUAGUGAACUUAACUCCGAUUUAAACUGCGCGUGAUUUUUAAUCGUCUCUCGUGUU